AUGGUGUACCCGCAGGCCAUUACAGCCCAGAGUGCUAGCAAUUCCAAGGGCUCGUUCGUGCCGGUCUUCAUCGUGCUGGCUGUGAUCGCCGUUCUUUCGGCAGUCGCUUGCUUCAUCGGACAAAUCUGUGCUCGCCGUUACCUGCGGCCGAGGCCCCGAAGAGACCAUGCCUUGCACUCCAACGGAGAUGUGGAGAGCCAGUUCGCCACAAGCAUUCCCACGGCAAAGCCAGAUGCGAGUGGAGGGGACCAAGCAGAGACCAGAACCAUGGGAAGUGAAGAGCUAAUGGGAGAGACCGUCAAACAUGAUGAGAUUGGCGGAAACAAAGGAGAAGCCGGUCCUAGCGCCUAG